UUUAUAGAGGGGCAGUUGAUGCACUUGGCACUGGAUUUUCUAGCUCCAUCUUUGAAGAGUUGCUAUAAUUGGAAUUUUCUUUUGUUCCUUAUUCUAUUUGGGUUUGAAGGUAGAGGUGCUUUAGGAAGUGCAUUAUAUCACAUCUGCUGUUGCUAAGUGCGCUAGUUUGCAAAUGUAAAGGAGAUGGUGGGCUGCUGGCAUUUGACUUCUCAGGGACUAAUUUAGUGAUUUGCCUUUAUAGCUUUAUUUAUGAUUGUUUUAGUACUAAAGAAAUAGUAAAGCAGAUCACAAUCGCAGCUCCUUGUUAGAUGGAUCUCUCUCUCUCUCUCUCUCUCUCUGGUGUUGUAAGUAGUUUUAAGUUGGAUAGGUGGGAAGACAUUUGUAUCCAUUACUGGGAUAAACAACAAUGUUGUUUCAAAUGCCACAAUGCCUCCACAUCUUUUUGUCUCCAUUACUGGGAUGAACGAGAAUGUUGUUUCGAAUGCCAAAAUGCCUCCACAUCUUUUUGUCUCCAUUACUGGGGGACUAGUUGUGCUUGGGCUAUGGCAAAUUCCAAGGGCCCUGCUAGCAUGAGAAAUAUGAUGUACAAUGGCAGGAACUCAUUGCUGCCUCCUAAAAGUCCUUUUCCUAGCAUAACCCAACCUUUUGUUGAUUACAUCCCUAGUUCAGUUACUGGGCAGAAAGGUAAUAUGAGGGCCCGAGAAGGGAACUCACACCAUCAACGUACUUCCUCUGAAAGCCAUCUAAUAGAGGAGCAGCCUUCAUGGUUGGAUGAUCUCCUUAAUGAACCAGAAACCCCAGUACGUAGAGGAGGGCAUCGGCGCUCAUCAAGUGACUCCUUUGCAUAUAUUGAUGCUGCCAACAUUGGGAGCAUAGAUUAUGCUGCUCAAGAUGAGAGCAGAUAUAACAUGUUGCCUCUGCCUUCAUGGGGAUCUCAAGAAUUUGAUCAUUACAGAGAUGCUCAGCAUGCUGCUUUUGUUGCAGAGCCAAAUUCUUUGAGAAAGCAUAAAAAUCGAGCAUGGGAUGCUUCUUUAAGCUCAGUCACGCAUCUGCGUGGCUUUCCUUCUCCCAGCACCAUUCUCCUGAGCUCAGGACAGUCAUGUGCUCAUCAAGAAGCAGAUGUAGUUCCUAGUUCAGCUACUGAGAAACAUGAUAUAGGUGACUCUGGCCCUCAGGAUUCAAAAGGGUCUUCUGAUAAAAAAGAUGCAUCUCAUGGAAAGCCUGCUACAUCUGAAACAGAUACAAAACGUGCAAAGCAGCAAUUUGCUCAGCGUUCGCGAGUUAGGAAACUUCAGUACAUAGCUGAGCUGGAAAGGAACGUGCAAGCACUACAGGCAGAAGGUUCUGAAGUUUCUGCUGAGCUUGAGUUCCUCAACCAGCAACAUCUUAUUCUCAACAUGGAGAAUAAAGCUCUAAAGCAGCGCCUAGAAAGUUUAGCUCAAGAGCAACUCAUUAAAUAUGGAACUAAUUUGAUCAAUGCUAUGUGCAGUGGAACACGAAGUACUAGAUAGAGAAGUAGGAAGAUUACGAAACUUGUAUCAGCAGCAGCAGCAGCAGCAACCUUCUAGUCAUCGACGCAAUAACAGUAAAGAUCUUGAUCUUCAGCUGGCUAACCUUUCUCUGAAACAAAAGGAUGCUAAUUCUGGACGUGAUCACGCUCCUGGCCAACUUAACCUUUGAUCAUUGUACAUUAAUCGCUGCAUAAUAGCUAGGGCGUUUGCAUUGCCUCCUGACGGUUCUUCAACUAAUUUUGUCUACCAGAGACAUAACUGUGGCUUCCAUGUGGAAGGAUCAAGCCGAGGUCUCCUAAUCUCUUUUGCUUUUUAUCACUCCAGGUUUUGCCUGUUGCCUUAGUUCGUGGUUUUAUGUCAUAUUUUGUUAAUCUUCUCCUUCUUUUCUGUUCUUCUCAUUUUUUCCCCCCUGAGAGUUUAUUAUUAACUGUAGUCCUCAUUUGCACCUGGUUGUCACUGCCAUCAGAUUGACAUUUUUGGCAAUUGACUUACCUGAGGUGGUUAUCUGAAGAAUGAUUAUUUAUGCCAUUUCAGUAAUUUAUUUUCUUUCGCCU